AAAGGAAUUCCAAAGCUCAUGAUACUCUUAAUAAAAACAUGUGAUUGAGGAUUAGUUUUAGAUCUGUAAAUUGGUGCAUUUUGAUUAAAGAUAUUGGUUUGUGAAAAUUUGUUGUAAUCAGAUGGAUUCAUAAGUAUAAUUUCUGUACCUAUCCAUAGUCAUGUAUGAAGGAUAAAUCCACUUGGUGACCCGGAUCAGAACAUGAUCUUCCUUAACAUUUUGUUUGUGUUAUGUACCGUUGUCACAGAAGUAUGGACAUGCACAUGCUUCCCAACACACAUUCAGAACCACUACUGUAAAGCUCGGUUAAUUUUGGUCGCUACGGUAAAGGAUACCGAAGACGUUUAUCAAAAUAGUAUCAUUAAGGCGCCAAACAUGAUGAAUCCGGAAAAUCCAUAUGAAAGAAUGCCAGUCGAAAGGAAGUAUAAAGUCAGGAUACAUAGAUUUUUUAAGGGCAAAGAACUGCUGGGAAACAAUGGAAAGAAAGUAAAAUACAUCCAUACCUCGGCUUCGGGGGCUGCUUGUGGACUUACACUUAACAAAGGCAAAACCUAUAUCCUGUCAGCCAGGAUACAAAGACAGGGAGAAAUCUGGUCAAGUAUGUGUGACUGGGUUCAAAAUUACAAAACACUGAAUCGACAUCAGCUUAAAGGAAUCAAAUUCUUCUAUAAGAGAAACUGUAAAUGUUCAGUAUCCUGGUGUCAAGGAAGUUAUUGCCAGGGUCCCGGUCCCAAAGAAUGCGAAUGGAUUCCCCAAAUGUACACAGACUGCCUCCAAGAACAUGGUUUUUGUAUGAUCAACUCUAGAGGUGUUUGUCAGUGGAAGAAAAACAAACAGCUGAGAAAAUGUUUAGAAAAAAAUAACCAAAACAUGCCAGGAGAGGAAAAAGAAUAUUACGAAAUACCAAGAGAUAGUCCGCAUAGACCCGGGGAAUUCCAGAGCUGGCGAUCAUCGCAAAAUUACCAAGUGUAUUUACCUAACAGAUAUGAUAUAAAAUGAGAUGUGUUGCUAUCACUAGCACAAAAUAUUCUACAGAUGCCUUACUGUACAUUUGUAU